GAGCCGCCCAUAGGCGGGCAGCCCGGGGCCGGGCCGGGCCCGCCCCGCCGCCAGGUGCGGAGCCGCCGCCCGCGGGCGCAGGAAGUGCCGUCACGGCGUGUUUCGGGUUGGGAGGCUCCUGCGGGCCGGGUCGGGCUGCCCAGACCCUUCUGUCGGCGGGUGCGGAGCUGGGGCCGCUGCCGCCAUGAGCAAGAUUUCAAAGUUCUUCAAGGGGGGCGGCUCGGCUGCCAGGGGCCGCGGGGGGCCCUCGCCGCAGGAGGCGCUGGCCCGGCUGCGGGAGACGGAGGAGAUGCUGAGCAAGAAGCAGGCGUACCUGGAGACGAGGAUCGAGCGGGAGCUGGCGGCAGCCCGGCAGUAUGGCACCAAGAACAAGCGAGCUGCCUUACAAGCACUGAAGAGAAAAAAGAGAUAUGAGAAACAGUUGAGUCAAAUUGAUGGGACACUUUCGACCAUUGAGUUCCAGAGAGAGGCACUGGAAAAUUCCCACACCAACACAGAAGUGCUCAAGAAUAUGGGUUAUGCUGCACAAGCUAUGAAAAAAGUGCAUGAAAAUAUGGACUUGAACAAAAUUGAUGAUUUGAUGCAAGAGAUCACGGAACAGCAAGAUGUUGCCCAGGAAAUUUCAGACGCUAUCUCGAACCGAGCUGCCUUUGGUGAUGAUUUUGAUGAGGAUGAGUUGAUGGCAGAAUUAGAAGAACUGGAGCAAGAAGAAUUGAACAAGGGAAUGCGAGAUGUCAGGUUGCCAAGUGUUCCGUCCACAUCGCUGCCUUCUCGCCCUGCAUCGACCAGGAAGAGAGCGGAGGAUGAAGAUGAAAUGAAGAAGCUGGCUGCCUGGGCUUCAUAAGAGCAUGGUCUUUUUAUAACACUGAACAUCAUAGUGCAGAUGUAAAGAGCUGUACUGCUGUUUAAUAACCAAGCCAAUCUAGUGUGAUUGCAUUUCAUACAGACUGUUUGUUUUUUUUUUUUUAUGGCCAAUCUUGCUAAAAUUAGUGUUACUGCGAUAUUACAAAACCAGUUUAAAAACAAAAACAAAGAAAUGCAAUUGUUGGCAAAACCUCUAAGCAUCAAAGAUUUUCAGCCUUGGCCAGAGACUUGUUUUGUUGUUAGUAUCAGUUUUUAUUAGGUAAUGUCUUACUAUAUCUUUCCAGUUUGUUAAACCUGUGUGCCUCACUUAUGAACACAGCUGGAUUCAUUAUUGAAAUGAAGAAGUUUAAUACGUCAUCAGGGCCCUAUCCUAGGGGGUUAUUUGGUUCAGACUAUUUGAACAUUAGCAAAACAGCUUUAUAAAUGUCCUGCCUUACAAGUUCCUUUGAGCCCAAGAGCUAACAGCCAUUCACUUGGGCUUGGAGAUUUAAACAGUCUGCCUGGAGCAACUUACAGUGUCCUAAAUGUUAAGAGGAGACUCUUCUGUAGAUUUUUUGAAGUGGGAUAGGUUGCUUGUUUUGUUUUAGCUUUGGCAAGAAUAUCCCAUGCACUUCUGUAGGUCAACUUGAAUUGUAUUUUGAACUAUUUCCAGCUCGUUUAAAGAACAGUUUUACAGUGACUGGAGAAAAGGAGAUUUCCAGGUUCUUAUAGAUUCCUGCCAAACAAAACUGAUUGCUGCUAACCCUGUCAAAAAACCCAGAAGAUAUUUGACUUUCCUGUGUUUUCCUCCAUUGCGUCUUUCUAGGGUGAGUCUUUACUUUGUAUGAUAAUAUCCAUUCUCAAAGGGGAAUUAGUAAUACAUUUUUUGAUUAUACAAUUUCAAAAUAAUUUUAAUUUCUGAGCAUUUGGUUAUUUUCUCUUACUCAGUUUCUGAACAGAAAUAAUAACAAUGUGUUGUAUUUAAAUGCCUUUUUAACCCUGGUUAAAAGGUGAAUCUGAAGUACUUGUAAAGCUGAUGUGUUAUUGUCCUGCUGACAGCUUUUUAGCCUGAGGAAGAAACGCCACUCUGAGUGCUAAACUACUACAUGUAUAGAGAAAUCACUGCACAAAUAGAACACAAAUCUAAAUAGGCUGCUUUGUGCUAACAAAUUUUACUAAAUAAGGCUUAAGCUGUAUGCUAGUGGCCUGCUGUCAGUCACAUGGAAAUAGUAAAACACUAUGGAGUUCCUAGGGAUGUGGGAAGUGGAGUCACAUUGAUCUACGUUUCUUGUUUUCAAGUUAGUUUAAAUUUACUGAUGAUUGAACCACUUCGGCAAUAGGGGGAGACUUGUUUUCUCUAGAUCUACAGCAACAGAAGACUGACUCCUUCUCCUGAGGGUUUUAGCCUGUGAUGUGCUGGGUGUUGAGCUUCAAUAGGCUACAAAAGGCUUCAGCUUGUUGGGUUUAGGUUGAGAAUAAGCUAAUGUGUGUUUGUGGACAUGACAUACUGGCAUGCUGACAAGCUUUCAAGUUGAGUUCCAUUGAUGAAACCCAAAAUUUACAAACCCUGUGAGAGAUUUAGUUUUUCAGGACUUUUUAAUUCUCUGUAGUGGAAUUGCUUUUGGUUUGCAUCCAUGUGAAAGGAGAAUCAAGCUAUGACACUUUAUUUUAGAUAAAUUUCUAAUUGGAAAUAAUUAAAUGUGUUAAUUCUGUCCCACAGUUUGGAGGUACCAAGCAAAUUGUCCCUUUCUGUUGAGAGUAGAGAAAACUUGGAACUAUUCAGUUUUUGAUUAAAAACAAUUAUGGUUCUGCCUUAAAUUUAAAAAUACAUUUUGAACUCUCAGUAAGAAAUGAAACACUAAAAAAUGUUACUCAGUUCUAACGCUUGCUGAAAUUUGGGAUGAGAUGCCAGCUGAAAGCAGGCUUAUUUAAUAAAAUAACAAAUAUCCUGAGUUAUUUAGAAUCAAUUUGCUAAUCCUUUGGGCUGGAUUCCUGUUUUCAAUAUAUGCAGUCUAUACAAGUCUCUGAGUUGGGUACAGGAAGUGCUAGUGUACAUGGAUUGCAUCACUGUGCAAGGCUGGCCAUGUGCUGGUGGACACAUCUGGUAUUUCUAAAUGCAAGGCUGUGCCAAUGUAGUCCUGUGCUUAGCUUGGAAAAGCUGGCUUCCAGCAGCUGUUCUUGGUCAAACCAGUGGUUUUCCAAUACUUGGUACUGACUUCCCCAUGACGGUAGCACCUAAUGUAUUUAAAGUGCUCUACAACCUAACCAAAAUAGGUCUCUAAGCUUUCAGUUUGAAACUGAAGUGAAUUUUAGUCUGUCUUAGAAAAUCUGGACCUGCUGGUUUUGCAGAAGAACUUCCCAUGUGAACACCCUGCAGGGAGAAGAAAUCCUAGGAAAGCUAUUAUCCUUUGCAACCUGGUGUCUGGCUGUUCAUCUCCAACAAUGUUUUGGCCAAGUGUUGAUCCUGGGAAACUUCAGGUGUCUUCAGCUUAUUAAUUUCAGACCAAGCAGUUAGGGCACAAAAUUAGGGAAGAGUGAAGAAAAGAAACUGUGGUCAUUUGAGUGAGCUUCUCUGAAAGCUUUUGUGUAGUGACUGUUGAUUCUGGAGGACAGUCACAUAGCAGUUCACAGGCUGGGACAUAGAUGGUUGGGGAAGUUGUACUGAGAGAUACUGUAGUCAUGUCUGCAAACCAAAAUGCAGUGUGGACCUCCAGAGCUGGAGUGCUUGUUGCCAUAUUUGUUUGGGAAAGCACAAUUGCUGCCCUGGACUUCAGUAGGGCCAACUUUGGCCUUUUCAAGCAAUUGGUAGGAGAAAUCCUGUGGGACAGAGUACUUGAAGGUGAAGGAGCCCAAGGUAGUUGGCUGGCAUUCAGGGACUGCUUCUUCCAAGCUCAAGAUCAGAACAUGCCAACAGGUAGGAAGUCAAGGAAGAUAACAAGAAGACCUGCUUGGUUAAACAGGGAACCGCUGGGCAAGCUCAAGUGGAAGAGGAGAGUUUAUAGAUCACAGAAGGAGGGGCUGGCCACUUGGGAAGAAUAUAAGGCUGUUGUCAGAUGGUGUAGGGAGGCAACUAGGAAAGCUAAGGCCUCCUUAGAAUUAAACCUGUCGAGAUGGGUCAAGGACAACAGAAAGAGAUUUUUCAAAUACAUGGCAGAUAAAACUAACACCAGAGGCAGUGUAGGCCCACUGAUGAAUGGGGUGGGUGACCUGGUGACAGAAGAUACAGAGAAGGCAGAUUUACUGAAUGCCUUCUUUGUCUCUGUCUACUCUGCCAGAGGCUGUGCUGAGGAGCCCCGUACUGCUGAGGCCCCAGAGGAAGGCAGGACAGUGGAGGAGUUUGCCUCGAUUGAUGACGAUGGGGUUAGGGAGCAGUUAGGCAAUCUGGACACCCAUAAAUCCAUGGGUUCGGAUGGGAUGCACCCGCGGGUGCUGAGGGAGCUGGCUGAGGUCAUUGCUGGGCCACUCUCCAUCAUCUUUGCCAAGUCUUGGGAAACAGGAGAGGUGCCUGAGGACUGGAGGAAAGCAAAUGUCACUCCAGUCUUCAAAAAGGGCAAGAAGGAGUACCCAGCUAACUAUAGACCAGUCAGCCUCACCUCUGUCCCUGGGAAAGUGAUGGAACAACUUAUCCUUGGUGCCAUCUCAAGGCAUAUCAGGGAUAAGAGGGUCAUUAGGGGUAGUCAGCAUGGCUUCACCAAGGGGAAGUCGUGCUUGACCAACCUCAUUGACUUUUAUGAGGACAUAACAAGAUGGAUUUGUGAUGGCAGAGCGGUGGACGUGGUCUACCUUGACUUGAGUAAGGCAUUUGACAGUCUCCCACAGCAUCCUUAUAGCUAAACUGAGGGAGUGCGGUCUGGAUGAUCGGGUAGUGAGGUGGACUGUGAACUGGCUGAAGGAAAGAAGCCAGAGAGUCGUGGUCAAUGGGACAGAGUCCAGUUGGAGGCCUGUAUCUAGUGGAGUGCCUUAAGGGUCAGUACUGGGACCAGUAUUAUUCAAUAUGUUAAUCAACUUAGAUGGGGGAAUAGAGUGAACUAUCAGCAAGUUUGCUGAUGACACCAACCUGGGAGGAGUGGCUGACACACCAGAAGGCUGUGCUGCUAUCCAGCGGGACCUGGACAGGCUGGAGAGCUGGGCGGGGAAUAACCUGAUGAAAUUUAACAAGGGAAAGUGUAGAGUCCUGCAUCUGGGCAGGAACAACCUCAGGCUCCAGUAUGAGUUGGGGAAUAACCUAUUAGAGAGCUGUGUAGGGGAAAGGGACCUGGGGGUCCUGGUGGACAGCAGGAUGACCAUGAGCCAGCACUGUGCCCUUGUGGCCAGGAAGGCCAAUGGCAUCCUGGGGUGUAUUAGAAGGGGAGUGGCUAGUAGAUCGAGAGAGGUUCUCCUUCCCCUCUACUCUGCCCUGGUGAGAUCACACCUGGAAUAUUGUGUCCAGUUCUGGGCCCCUCAGUUCAAGAAGGGCAGGGAACUGCUGGAGAGGGUCCAGUGCAGGGCAACAAAGAUGAUUAAGGGAGUGGAGCAUCUCCUUUAUGAGGAAAGGCUGAGGGAGCUGGGUCUUUUAAGUUUGGAGGAGACUGAGGGGUGACCUCAUAAAUGUUUACAAAUAUAUAAAGAGUGAGUGUCACAUGGAUGGAGCCAGGCUCUUCUUGGUGACAACCAAUGAUAAGACAAGGGGCAAUGGGUAUAAACUGGAAGGCAGGACAUUCCAUUUAAAUUUGAGAAGAAACUUCUUUAUGGUGAGGGUAACAGAGCACUGGAACAGGCUGCCCAGGAGGGUUGUGGAGUCUCCUUCUCUGGAGACAUUCAAAACCCGCCUGGAUGCCUUCCUGUGUAACUUCAUCUGGGUGUUCCCGCUCCGGCAGGGGGACUGGACUGGAUGAUCUUUAGAGGUCCCUUCCAAUCCCAAACAUUCUGUGAGUCUCUGAGACAGUAGAUGACCAGUUUUCUGCAAAAGCAAAGGGGUUCUACAGAUUUAAUUCAGUGGAGGAGGUGGCUCUUUCCCAUGUAAAUUCAUGUGACGCUGAGACAAACAGAUCUUCCUUUUUGAACAUAUGUCUCUUCAUGCCAAGGUGAUAUUUGUUUGGUGUGUAAGCAGGCGAGGGUGAAUAGUGUCAAUGUCUCAUUGUAAACGUACUCUCUGUUAACUGGAAUGUGUUUUACAAGAGGACUGUGGCAGCAGAUGGUGCACUACAGCUGACUUCCUUUCUUGUUUCUUAUUUAUUUUGAGAAUGUUUUCUUCUCUUAGCUGGCUUGGACAUUUUUAAUCUUGAUAGCUUUAGGACGGGAAAAGUAUUAAUAAAAAGUGAAAAGAAUUGAUAUAUAUGCUGUAAAUAAAUAUUUUGGUGUCAUAUGUGUUA